ACAGGCGUUUAGUGCGCGAGAUGGCUGCGUUUCCGCUUCAGGCGCGCUGCGACACCGCUAUUCAGCAUCUUACUGUUUAGUCUGCGCUUUAUAUCUUUAUAGCAUCAGGAUAUGAACAUUUGGCUCGAACAUUUUAUUUGCGGAAAUUCCACGAGACUAUGAGGAUGAUAUGCACUGCAUCAUACUGGAGAUAUAACAGAAUUGCGCUAUAACUGUUUUACUUUUGUAUGUUACCUUUUGUGGCCAUGAGUGCGGAGAAGCCAAACUUUCUGUCUCAACCUGAGGUAAAAAAUAUCUAUUUCUAUCGGAAUGGGGAUCCGUAUUACGAGCCCAGGCGUUUGGUGAUCAACGCGAAGAGGGUUUCGACCUUCGACACGCUGCUGCGGGAGGUGACUGGUGGCGUCCGAGCUCAGUUUGGAGCUGUGAGAAACAUUUACACGCCCAAAGCGGGACACCGGAUAGACUCACUGGAGCACCUGAGGAGCGGAGAACAGUAUGUAGCUGCUGGGCGAGAGAAGUUCAAAAAGAUAGAUUAUUUGCAGAUAGGAACCAGGAAGAAAAGAAUGCUUCAGCUCAAUGGAGUGAUGAAACCUGUUCCCCAGAGUCGUGUGGUAGUGUCUGCCAGAUUCCUCAAACCUAUCAAUGAACCCUGUGCAAUAUUUGUUGUGGCAAAUGGAGAUGUGCAGAAUCCAGCAGCGAGGCUUCUGAUUCCCAGCCGUGUGAUUGGCCAGUUUGAGCGGAUUCUGGAGAUGAUCACCGAGAAAAUGGGCCUGCGAAUUGUGGGUGGUGUGCGGAGCCUGUACACCUUUGAAGGGACUCUCAUUAUGGAUGGAAAGAAAUUAGAAAAUGGACAGUUUUAUGUUGCUGUUGGCAGAGACAAAUUUAAAAAGCUUCCAUACAGUGACCUCCUGUUCAAUAAACCCAUAGGCAUAAAGCGAGUGAAUGGGUCAAAAGCAGCGUCAUUACCACCUAUAUACAAAUGCAGACGACAAAAUGGAGAUGUGGGGAACCAUCAUAUCGGUAAAUCUGAUUGUGGGCAAGAGAAGAGCAGUCCUUCAGACCAGACCUCCAAAGAACACCUGUCAACUAUCGUCAGAGAGAUCUCUCAGGCCAGACUCAUGCGAAUACGCAAGAAGAGGAGCGAACUAGCAGCAUCUACCGAGGCUCAGGACGAUGAUGACGGAGAGGACAGAAGUGCAGAGAAUGACACGUCUUCACCGGUCAAGCAGGAGGCAGCAGAGGCCAGUCCAGAAAUAGACGACUCAUCCAAAACAGAGAGUGAACCAGCCCAAAACACAGAAGAAUCACCAUGUGACGGAGAAGAAGAGACGAAAGAAGAGGAUGAAAAAAAAGAAGAGGAAGAAGAGAAAGAAGAGGACGAAAAGAAAGAAAAGGAAGAAGAGAAAGAGGAGGAUGAAAAAAAAGAAAAUGAAGAGGAAGAAGAGCAGGGAGAGAUAAAGGAUAUGGGACUGACAUCAGAACCAGAGGCAAAUGAAACCAGCGAAGAGAAGAAGGACGGAGAGUCUGAUAGAGAGGAGGAAGAAGAGAAACAAAUUGAAGGAACAGAAGAGGAAAACCAAGAGAAAACAGAGGAUAAGGGAGAUCUAGUAGAAAAGACCGAAGAGAAUCCAGAUCCCAGUGAAGAACAGUCGCAAAACACUGAACGAGAGGAUUAGAAAACUUAAAGCAGUUCACAGAGAAAUUAUCAUUAUGUUAUCAUCUACUCACCCUCAAGCCUGACUUUUAUGGAGAAUAUAAAAGGAUAUAUAUAUAUAUAUAAAUAUAUAUAAUGAGAGUAAGAUUAAUCAAUGAAUAAUUGCUUAAAUAUCUCCUCGUUCACAUUGUUGGAAAAGUGAGAUCAGCACAUUCUUCAAAAUAUCUAUAAUGUAUAUAAUAAAAUCAGCACAUUCUUCAAAAUAUCUAUAAUGUAUAUACAUAAUAUCUAUAAUAAAACACUAUAAUGUUCUAAAAAAAACAGAAAGUCAUACAGGUUUGAAUUGGCUGGUGAAUAAAUGAUGACAGAAUGAUAACUGUGAAUUAUUCCUUUUAGAGUAAUGAUUAAUGCUUUGAUUACAACUAACUUAUUCAUAUUAUAUUAUUCAUAUUGUAUUGAGAUUGCAAUAAUGCGAAUUGAUUUAAUAACAGCUAACUUAAAAAUAUCUAUUAUCUAUAUCUAUCUAUUCUCCAUAUAACAUCAUUCCUCUGCAAAUACAGUAUCUGCUAAGCUAGGUGUAAUGUUUGCUAAAUAUAUUUAUUUUAGACAUAUGUUUUGUAAAACAAAGAUAAAUAUAUAGAUUUAUGUUUCAUGCCUCAUGUUUCAGCAUCUCCUCUAUUGCUUAUGACAUAUGUAUUAUGUCAAGUUAUUUGUCAUCAUUGUGGUUAUUAUACUAUCAUUCUAACCGGUUUAACUGAGUUGAUUAACAUCAGUCCUGAACGAUAAGCUACAGUAUAUGCAUACUAAAAUACAUAUCCAUGUCAAUACAA